AUGCCUAAUCAGAUCAGAAACGAUCUCCUCAAAGUGGACAAGGAUUCGUAUCCAUACAUCUACGAAGAGAAUGUUGGCAUCCCCAUAAAGAGCAUUGGGGGGUUGGUCCGCACUAAUGUCUACCGACCGAAAGGUAUCGAAAAGGCCCCGGUGAUUGUCACAUAUGGGCCUUACGGCAAGGACGUGCCUUACGAGGUUUUCCAACCAAACUCGUUUCGCGAUGUGAACCCAAAUCAGAAGUCUGCGCACUCGUCGUUUGAGACUCCUGAUCCAAAGUUCUGGACUGGUCAAGGCUAUGUGGUCGUGAGAGCCGACGAGAUCGGAGUUGGCCAGUCGCCGGGGGUGCUCGACUCCAUGUCCAAGGCGACGUCAGAGGCCUUCUUCGAGAUCAUCGAGUGGGCCGCCAUCCAGCCAUGGAGCACUGGCAAGGUAGGCCUGCUCGGCAUCAGCUACUUCGCCGGCAGCCAGUGGAGAGUGGCUGCACGCCGACCCAAGGGUCUGACCUGCAUCAUCCCCUACGAGGGCAUGGCUGACUAUUAUCGCGAUCGUUGCCGCCCCGGAGGCAUCCUGGCGCUGGAGUUCCUGAAGAAAUGGUUUACUCGCAACGUCAUGUCAAACCAGUACGGCCUGCCUGGAAAGGCCGCGCGUGGCUGGGGGCCGGACACUCUUGAAGGAGACUUGUCCGAAGAAGAACUGGUCCAGAACAGGCGUGACCAGGCCGAAGACAAUGCUGCUCACCGCUUCCGUGAUGAGGAGUAUUAUGCUUCGAGGGACUACAACCUCGAGGAUAUCGAGGUCCCGCUGCUCUCAGUGGGAAACUGGGGAAGCAUCUGUUGCCAUCUUCGAGGCAACAUCGAAGGCUUUGUCCGGGCCUCGUCGCAGUACAAGUUCCUGCGCAUGGUUGUCGGUCGCCACGAUGGGCCGUUCUACGAGGAAGAAGAAGUCAGAAUCCAGCAGAGCUUCCUGGACGCGUUCCUCAAGGAUCACGACCCAUCUGGCUGGAUAACCGGCCAAAUCCCGCCCGUCGACCUGAUCCUGCGCAAUGGCAGCGUGAGCUACGACAACAAGGACGCAAGCAAGCUCUAUCCCCGACGGUCCGAGAACGAGUGGCCAAUUGCACGCACCCAGUUUACAAAAUUCUACCUGACCCCGGACCAGCGGCUAACAAAGGACUCACCAACCACAGCUUCUUACAGCAGACUGACAUACCCGGCUCUGGGCACAGUCGAGAACCAGCAUUCGCUGCUCUUCAAGAGUGCACCAUUUGACAAGUUGACCGAGAUCACGGGCCACAUCGUAGCUCAUAUCUGCGUCUCGGCAACACCCCAGCUUGGAGGCCCUAUCCCCAAAGACAUCGACCUGUUCUUCACCCUACGUCAUUACUCGGCAUCUGGUGAGGAGUGUUACUACACUGGGCUCAUGGGCGACCCAGCUCCCCUCUGCAAGGGCUGGCAGAGGGUCAGCCUGCGCAAGAUCAACAAGGAGCACCCCCUCCACCGAGAAGACCGUCCUCACCGCGACUUCUUCUCGACCGACGUCUUGCCCGUCAUCCCGGGGGAGGUUUAUGUCGUCGACGCUGAGAUUUGGCCCACCAACGUCGUCGUCCGUCCGGGCGAGACGAUCGUACUCGAGGUCAGCAGCGGCGACACGCAGGGAUCUGGCUUCUUUACUCAUGAAUCUGACGAAAGGACGCCUGAGAUCAUGGGUGGUGACAACCACAUCCACUUCAGCUCUCGGUAUACCAACUGGGUGUCUCUCCCCAUCAUUUCGCCCAAGGGAGGGAGUGAGUGA